AUGAAUGAAAGGAUUCGAAACUUACCCUUCCAUUGUGAUGUUUCUAAACUUUCCAAACAGCUAACAGAAGAGGAGAUCAAAGGACUCCUUAAAUCUUACGGCAAAUCCAUAACACAAGAAAACGCAUAUAUCGUAUUCAACUAUGUAUACAAUUUGCAAAGAAAAAACUACAACGACAUGAUCGAAGGGUUGUGGAAGCACUUUAUGGAAUUGGCGCAGAAGUAUGGAAUAUCAGAUGACUACCGAUAUAGCUGCUGGUGGAAAUGCAAUAAUGAGCUCCUCAGUGAACUAAUGGACACCGACCAUUUCGACCACUUGGAUUUAUUUACUUAUAUAAAGGGGAAAUAUAACAACAAUGCAGCAUUCACAAAAUUUAUAGAAGACAAAAUGAAGUUAUCUAACGAAAUCAUCGAGAAAAAUAAGGAAAAAUGGACCAAGUUGUUGACCGAGCGGAUUAAAAAUAAAAGCUAUAAAAAGUGA